AUGCGGUUACAAACAACAGGAGUUUCACUGCUCAUCUCUACAUUCCUCUCGGGCCUUGCGGCCGCGACCGGAUUUGACUGCGCGCACCUAAACGUCGACGGAUACAAGUACGAUUUCAGCUCCCUAGGCGGAGUCCACGAGCUGUAUCACGUCAAUGAGACGGAAACAUGGAAGACGAACACGACCUAUGUAAUGAACAUCUGCAACAUCUUGAAAAAGGCUGCGAACCGUCCCGAGGGGAAGUGCGGCACUUCUAAGAACAUCUGCGGCUUUGUGGAUGAAAAACCUAAGGACGGCAACGGUGGCACCCAAUUCGGCUUUCCGAUCGCUGGCCUCGACCCUGCCGGUGCAGGGUCCAAGGAUCCCAAGUUCACCCGAUUGAACACCAUCGACGAGAACAUGCAGGGCGUCCGUGUCGAGCUGGGCGGUGGUGAAUACAAGGGCGACCACAACGACGCCAAGGUCAAGGAUACGAGCGCCCAGAUCGAUUUCCAGUGCGACCCUGACCGGUCCGGACUGGAGGGUCUCAGCACAAGAGACGAUCCGAUGGAACGCCGAGACGAGAGCGACUCUACUCGUGGUCGCAGUCUUGAAUUCAAGAGCUUCGAUCUCACGGAGGAUGAUAAGUAUGUGCUCAAGCUGGAAUGGAAGACGCGGUUUGCCUGCGACGAAUACCAGCGUGGCAAGAACGGCUCCAGUCACUGGGGAUUCUUCACUUGGAUGAUUCUCAUUCUCUUCCUUGCCAUCGCCACAUACCUCAUCUUCGGCUCGUGGCUCAACUACAACCGCUACGGCGCCCGCGGCUGGGACCUUCUCCCACACGGUGAUACUCUCCGCGACGUUCCAUAUAUUUUCCAGGACUGGGUUAAGCGGGUGCUCAACACCCUGCAAGGGUCUGGCUCGAGGGGUGGAUACAGUGCCGUUUAG